AUGGUGACUAUUGAAAUGAAUGCAGAGCUUUCCAGAGCCUUCACUGGAGAAGAAGUGGUUUCUUCCCUCAAGCAACUACACCCCACGAAAUCAUCUGGUCCUGAUGAAAAUCAAAGUGCAUUCAUGGCUGAUAGGCUUAUCAUUGAUAAUGUCUUGGUGGUGUAUGAGAUUAUGCAUUUCUUGAAGCAAAAGAAAGGGGGGAGUGAUAGCUUCAUGGCUGCAAAGCUAGACAUGAGUAAAGCUUUUGAUAGAGUCGAAUGGAUUUUUGUUGAAAAAGUCAUGAGGAAGAUGGGCUUUAAUGAGGAUUGGAUCAAUCUAGUGAUGAAUUGCAUUUCCUCGGUGUCAUACUCAGUCAUUAUCAACGGCACGACGUAUGGAAACAUUGUACCUACUAGGUGA